GAAAAAAUCUGAACUCCAACAGUAUCAAAAUUUAGAAACCCUAGCAGACGCAACUGUGAAUUAAUCUUUAAACCCCGAGAAAAAAAAAUAGUAAGAAAGAGCUUCUUUUGUCCGUUUCUUCUGUAAAAUUCCUAAUUUAAUUUGGGGAAAAAGAAAAUCUUCGGAUUUUCCCGGAAAUCUUUUGUAUUCGGCUUUGAGGAAUGGCGGAAGAGACGGCGAUGAAUGGCGUCGACGAUCAAGCGACGGAGAAUUUCUACGAUUCCGAUCAGACGGCGGAGCUGAGCCGAAAGGUUGAGAUUCUGGAACAAGAGAAGCUGAAAUUGGCUGGUGAGAAUGAAGAAACGAAAGAGAAGAUUAAGAAAUUGACGAUUGAGAUCGAGAAGGGGCGGAGCGAUGAAUCGGAGCUCAAAGAGAGGUUGAGAGAGAUGGAGAAGGAGAUCGAGAGUUUCGAAGAGGACAAGAAGGCGUUGGGAGCCAUCGCGGCGAGAGCGGCGGAUUUGGAGACUGAAGUCUCGAGGCUCCAACACGAUCUGAUCACUGCCAUGUCCGAGGGCGGGGCGGCGUCGGCAGAGGUUGAGGAGCUUAAAAGGGUUUUAAGAGAGAAAGAAGCGAAGAUUGGGAGCAUUGAGAGUGAGGUGGAGAGCUUGAAGACGACGAAAGCGGAGAGCGAGAAGAGGGUGAGGGAAUUGGAGAGGAAAAUUGGGGUUUUGGAGAUGAAGGAAAUUGAGGAGAAAAGCAAGAGAGUUAGAGCUGAGGAGGAGAUGAGGGAACAAAUGGAGGAACAGGAGAGGCAAAUAGUUGAGUUGAAGAAAGUAGCUGUGGAUUUGGAAUCUCUGGUUUCUGAUAGUGGGGCUGAAGCCGAGAAGUGGGUGAUGGAGAGAGUGACUAUUGAGGCUGCGCUUAAAGAAUCAGUGGAGAAGGCUAAGGCUAUGGAGGCAAAGGUGCAUUACUUGCAGAAGGAAGUGGAGAAGGCCGAGACGGUCGUGAGAGAAGUGAAGGACAAGACUGUAAAGGUCGUUAAUGGUGCUGUGGAUGAUCUGUAUAAUGGGAGAGAAGAGAAGGGGUUGAAUUUGCAGUGGCCUGUUGUUGCCGGGUCUGCUGGAGCCGCCAUUGUUGCUGGUGCUGCUGUACUCUAUGUGUUGUACGGAAGGCGUCGGUGAUCGGAUUACUAUUUGAUUUGAUUAGAGAUAAUAAUGUUGGGAAGGGAAAUAGAAUGGGGGAAGGAAGCUAAAGAGAGGUUAGAACUUUCUUGAUAUGAUUCUCAUAAAGUUUCAAUUUUGUUAGGGCUUAGUGGUUGCUUUUUUUUUUUGUCUGGUUUUGUUUUGAGGAUAUGGAUUAUGGCUAGCUCUAAUUUAUGGAGUGCUUUAUCCUUACAGUUUUAGUUCACUUCGUUUGUUACUAUAAUUAUGUCAAUUCUCUUGGUUAUAUUGAUAUUAUUUUCUACUUCAAGCCAUGUUGAUUUGCUUGAAAAACACUUGAAUGUAACACACUGAGAUAUACUAAACUUUUUUUCUUUAUUAUUGUUA